AAAGUCCUGACUUCUGCCCACCCACAGUUUAAUAGUUUAAUUGAUGAUAAUCGACCUUCUAGAAAAUUGCUAGAUUCUCUCAGUAGUCUCUACGACCUUAGUGUAUUCCAGCUAAACUCUCUUGAUAAACAUAUAGAUCCUGAUAUAAAUCUCACCUCAAACAAAAUACGCUCAAAAUAUUAUUCCCCACACAGCUUUGCGCAGUUUGUUGACAGCAAACAGUUGCAAUCAAAAAUCUCCUUUUUACAUACAAAUAUACGUAGCUUAAAGAAAAAUUUUGAAGAAUUUCAACAUCAUGUUUUAAGUGAAAUGAAUUUCCGUUUUACUAUUAUUGGUGUUACAGAAACUCGUAUAUGCGAUCGUGAAUGUAGUUUUAAUUUUGUACCAGAAUUACCAGGAUACUGUUUUCAAUCGGUCCCAACACCUUUAUCUGCCGGUGGUGUUGGCCUGUUCAUUGAUCAAAAUUGUAAAUACCGCGUCCUUGAACGAGUCUCCAAUUCUUGCUAUCAAGCCCUAUGGAUUGAACUUCAUCUGCCUAACAAUAAGAAAUCUGUAUGUGGUGUUACUUAUAGGCAACACAAUAACGCUAAUGAGUUUCUAGAAUACUUGACAGAUUUUCUUUGAUCUCAACAUAUGUAAUAUGCGUCAAACUUGGAAAGGAAUUAACGAGCUAAUUGGAAACUGUAAAAAGAAAAACAAGCGCAACUCAACUAACUCUAUUCGCUCAAACCCGAAUGAGGUUCCAACUAGUGACCCGAAGGAAAUAAGCAAUAUUCUUAACAAAUAUUUCGCCACUGUUGGGAGCAAACUGGCUUCUAAAAUUCCUCAGACCAUAAAUACAUUCUAUGAUUAUUUAGAUCCGCCACUUAAUCGCACUUUCUUCUUUGAUCCUAUUAUUCCGGAAGAUAUCAAUUUAGAAAUUUCAGUUUUGCAAGACAACAAGGCCCAUGGUCUCUACUCAUCUCCCGUUAGGCUGCUGAAAUUAGCAAAAGGGUCAUAUCCGUACCUCUAGCCACGAUUUUUAAUCAGUCUAUUUGCUCAGGGAUUUUUCCAUCUAAACUAAAGUGUGCUAAGAUUAUCCCGAUAUUUAAGGACGAAGAUGACACGCUGCCCGAAAACUACCGACCUAUUUCUCUGCUCUCGAUUUAUAACAGGAUUUUUGAAAAACUUAUGUACUCCAGAGUUACCAAGUUUGUCAAAGAUUGCAACAUUCUCUAUGAUCAGCAAUACGGUUUUCGCAGUAAGCACAGUACUCAGCAUGCUGUACUUGAUAUUGUUAACACAAUUCUCCAAAACAUGGACAACGGUAAAUUUUCGUGCGGUGUUUUCAUCGAUCUCAAAAAGGCUUUUGAUACUGUUAACCAUGAAAUUUUGUUAGCUAAACUUGAAAAUUAUGGUAUUAGAGGUGUAAUAAACUCCUGGUUCAGAUCAUACCUGACUGAUCGGAAGCAAACUACGGAAGUUAAUAAUGUUGUGUCUGAGGCUGAAACGACCUUGUGCGGCGUGCCACAAGGCUCAGUCCUCGGACCACUCUUAUUCCUACUGUACAUCAAUGAUAUUUACAAGUCCUCUUCGUUAUUUGCCUUUUAUCUAUUUGCUGACGAUACUAGUAUAAUACUUGCAAAUAACAACCUAAAGGAACUCGAAACACUUGUUAAUCGCGAGCUUGGCAACGUCAACGAAUGGCUAAAGGCCAACAAACUGUCCUUGAACAUAAAAAAAUCAAAUUUUGUAAUCUUUCGUCCCCGGCAAAAGAAUAUGCCCUUCAUACCUAGGAUUAGAAUUUUUGACUCCGUGACUAACACCUACGCAAACCUUGAAAUGAAAGAUUAUGUAAAAUACCUUGGCUUAAUGAUUGAUUCAAAUCUUUCAUGGAAAUACCACAUCGAAUCUGUCUGUCACAAAAUCAGCAAGUCGAUAGGAAUUAUAGCUAAAAUUCGACAUUAUGUCCCGCGUCGUGUUUUACUUUCAGUUUACAACUCAUUAAUUGUCCCUUACUUGACUUAUGGUAUUUGUGGUUGGGGAAAUUGUGCCUUGACAUUUCAACGAAAGAUCGUAACUCUACAAAAACGGGCCUUACGUCUCAUUUACUUCAGUAAGUCUAAGGAACACGCCGUACCCUUCUUUCUCAAAUCAAAUUGCCUUCCCCUGCCUAGCAUAUUUUUCAGAGAUUGUAGCUAUUUAUUGUAUGAUAUCAACAGACAGACAGCACCAGUUAGUAUUCUCAAUCAGUUCGUUAAAACAAGUCAGAUUCAUAACUACAGAACAGGAUCUGUCUCUAGCGACUCGUUUUAUGUUAAGUUCUCUAGAACCGAUAAAAUGUAUGCCUUUUUCACGAGAAUCGGUGCCCAAAUUUGGAACUCUAUUCCGUAUUCGAUUAAAAUACUUAAACGUUCGUCCUUUCGUAAAAAAAUAAAGGAAUUAUUACUAAAUUUUUUGCGGUCAGAAGAUGAUUAUGUCGAAGUCUCCCGUCUUAUUAAGUUAUUUAAUACUUUAGUUAACCUCUCUUCGUAAUCGUUAUGUACAUGCCUUGUUUUUUGUUUUUUUGUUUUAUGUUAGUUUAAACUCUAUUUACUGUAUUGUAGUGUCUUCACUGUUAUUUAGUCCAUCUAUAUAUAAUUCUUGUUUUGUAAUAUGUCUUCAGCUCCCCCCGCCUCGAUUAGUUCAUAAGCUAUUUGCGGGUGGGAAAGUAAUGUAAUUAGUUAUUUUCCAAUUUUCAAUAAAAUUUGUUGUUGUUGUUGUUUGUAAUGAAAAGUCCACAAUGAAACGAGAACGAAGACUUAAAUACUGGAUAAAGAAAUUAAGUUCAGUUCCAUAACAUGAUAAACAGGGUACAGCUGUAAGACGCUCCACCAGCGACAAAGUCCAGUCAAGCCUUUGGCAGUUCAUAAUCAUCAAAUCGUUUAGGAAGUCUAAUAGUUCGAGUUGGUCUCGGGAUUGCUUUAAGCAUAGGUGAACUUGGGUUAACUGUCUGCUGCACCGAAAUUGGGCUAGCAACUGGCUGGCUAGCGAUUGGCUCGCUAGUAAUUGGCUGAAGUGGUGUCGCUGAUUCUAAUGGGUUAGCAAUUGGCUGAAGUGGUACCACUGAUUCUGAUUCUGCAGUACCAUUCUCCUGGUAUUUCUUAACAAAUGACACAUUCCGUUUUACUUCCACACCAUCUUUCUUCUUUAAUGUGACUUCUCUAUUUCUGUCUAUGACUUCACAAGGACUGGGGUCAUAGUUUGGAGACAGUUUGUUUAUUUUGGUGUUUCUCAAUAAUACUUGAUCUCCAACUUCCACUUGACUCUCAACUGCAUGUCUCUUUGUGUCCACAUAAUCUUUCUGUGUCAGCUUUCUUGCCCAGUCUCGGUCACGGAUUUCUUCAUUGGUGAUGGGUGCCUCACGUCUCAACUCUGGUAACUUUGACCGCAUUUCUCUCCCGAACAUUAAGAAGAAUGGUGCUACACCAGUUGUCAUUUGGGGAGUGGACCUGUGCGCAGUUAAAAAUUUGUGAAGCUCUUGUCGCCAAUCUUUUCCUUCAAUUUGAGCUACCUGGAUCACUUUCAACAAAGUGCGGUUUUGACGUUCUACCUCCCCAUUCGCUUGGGGCCACAGAGGGGGAGUUGUUCGGUGUUCUAUUCCGUUUUCCGCAAGGAAGGCUUUGAACUCCUCUGAAAUGAACUGAGGACCAUUGUCCGUUUUAAGUGUGUGGGGAACUCCAAAACGGGCAAAUAUUGGCUGGAGGCUGUUGAUGACCUUUGUGCUUGUAGUUGACCUCAGGAUAACUACUUCAAAAUAUCCGCUAUAAUAGUCCACUACAACAAGUAAAUUCUCUCCGGAGGGUAAAGGACCCAAUAUGUCUGCAGCUGGAGCACAAUCUUGCCACGGUCCGCUCGGUGGGUAAGCUCGUGCCAUAGGUUCUGGAGCGGAAUAUUCGCUGACAGCUUGACAGCCAUGACAACUCUUGCAUAAUUUUUCCGCAUCCGCAUCUACUUUCGGCCACCACACCUUACUACGCAGCCUGCACUUUGUUUUCACAAUUCCUUGAUGUCCUUCCUGAGCCAAUUUCAGGACAUGCUCCCGUAACACUUGGGGAAUUACAAUUCUCGAACCACGCAGCAGUAACUGACCAUAAGAACACAGUUCAUUCUUGACGUGUAAAUAGGCGGGUAUAGUACAAGCACUCCAGUCUCCUGUACGCACACAUUCUUUCACAAGGCUUAUUUCUGGGUCUGCAGCUGAAGCUUUCUCAAUCUCCGAGGGUGUCAGAGCACAAGGAGUGCUAUUCUCAACUACGCUGCGAACAUAGUCAUGGUGUUCUCCUUCACCACAGGGUACUCUACGAUUCAGCCUUGACAACGCAUCUGCAAUGUUGGUUCUUCCUGGCCUGUAGAUGACCUUAAAGGCAUAGGCUUGCAAGCGGAGAACCCAACGUUCUACACGAGCGGAAGGCUUUGAUUUCUGUGAAUAUAUGUAUUCCAGCGGCUUAUGAUCUGUUUCUAGUUCAAAAUCCCUUCCAAAAAUGUAUAUGUUAAAGCGUUCGCAAGCCUACACCAGUGCCACGGCUUCUCUCUCUGUCUGGCUGUACCUCCUUUCUACAUCUGUCAGACCUCUUGAAGCAUAAGCAAUAACCCUCCACUGAACCCCUUGCAACUAAAUCAACACCGCACCCAAACCAACAGGCGAUGCAUCCGCCACAAUCCUUGUCUUACUGUUCACAUCAAAGUAAGCUAAUGCAGUUGUACUUGUGAUCAGUUCCUUCAACUUGCCAAAUGCAGCCUGUUGUUCCGACUGCCAUUUAAACUCCACAUUCUUGUGAGUUAGUCUCUGGAUAGGCUCUGCAACAGUGGACAGGUCUGGGAUGAACUUAGACACAAAUUGAGCCAGACCCAGGAAUGAUCGUACCCCGCUGGCAUUCUGUGGUGGAUCUGCAUUCCGGAUUGCAGCAACCUUCUCCUCACUAGGUUCUACCCCAUUCUGUGUCACUUGAUGACCAAAGAAUGUUAACCUUGGUAACCUGAACUCACAUUUGUCCCCAUUCAAUGUCAAACCCACCUCCUUUAACCGAUUGAGCACAACAAAAAGCCUCUCAUCAUGCUGCUCAACACCAUUACCAUGAAUAACUAGGUCAUCCGCAAUAUUGAUGACCCCUCCACAACCACGCAAUACAUCCCGGAUGAUUUGUUCAUAUUUUUCGGGUGCUCAGGUUACCCCAAACAUGAGACGGGUGUAUCUGUAAAGACCGCGGUGAGUCACAAAUGUUGUCACAUGCCUACUCUCCUCUGCAAGAAGUAUCUGAUGGAACCCCCACUUCAGGUCUACACGGCUAAAUACUGUGCUGCCAUUCAAGUCUCGGAGGACUUCUUCAAUUGUGGGGAUAGGCUGACGUUCUCUAAUGAUUGCUUGAUUGGCACGCCUCAUGUCAACGCAGAUUCUAACAUCACCAUCUGGUUUGGGUACAACAACAAGCGGGGAGACCCAACUGGUUGGUCCCUCUGGUACUUCUUCUAUGAUCCCACAAGUCAGCAACUCAUCUAACUUUUUCUCCACUUUCUCCCUUACACCAAAUGAGAUUCUCCGGACGGGUUGUGCAACCGGUUUUACAGAAGUAUCAACGUUAAGUUUCAACUCAUAGUCCUUCAAGAGACCCACCCCAGUAAACAGUUCCUUGUAUUUGUCCCUUAUGUCUUGAUCUGUGGUCUCUACCUCAACACUGUUCACAGAAUGGAUGGGUCCAAUACGUAAUAGGUUUAGUUUUUCCGCUGUGUCUCGACACAAUAGAGUCCUGCCAUCUCCAUCUAUAACCACAAAGUCAGCUUCAACAGUAGCAUUAGUGUCAGUACACAUGACAUGGGCAGUAAAUGUUCCUAAGGUUGGUAAUGGUUUAGUGUUCCCAUAUGCAAAUAAAACCUUGGCAUCUUUGCGGGUUUUGCACUGAAUUCUCUGAGACUUAAGCCACUCCCACGUUGGUUUGCCUAGUAGGUUGCUUGUCGCACCAGAGUCAAUUAGAACAUUUGGCAAAUGGAUGCCUCCAACACGUAGGGUUACUACUCCAUUACUCUGUCGUGUAUCAUCUCCUACAGAAAACACAUACUCGGGACCAGUGUUGGGUCUUUCAUCCUGUUCUAACCUUUCGCUUCUAUCGCCAUCACCAUCUACAUAAUUUGUGUUUGUCUUCUUGCCGCUAUCAGUUAUCUUUGGCUCAACUUUCUUACCUCCGCUAGUGAUACUUCGUCUUUCCCACUGCUGAAAAUUUUGGAAUGUCCCUCUCCGACACUUCACUUUAAAAUGACCUAUUUCUGCACACUGGUCGCAUUUACGACCCCUUACAGGACAUCUUCUAUCCCUAGCAAAAUGAUCAUCCCGGCCACAGUUAAAACAACUCCUCCUGUCAUCAUUUCUAUUCAACCCAGUAUCAGUGACAUUAUUGAUCUGCUCUGAAUUAGCGUUCCCUCCCAUUGCCACCAUUUGUAAAUCAACUGCUUCCUGAGCUCUAGCAGUUUUCAAGAGAUCAUUCAGAGUAACACUGCCAUCUUUUUCAAGGAACUUUCGACGCAACUUCGCAGAAUAACAUUUAUCAAUUAACUGGUCUCUGAUGUACUCGUCCUCCCGCUCCCCAAAGUCACACGAGGCUGCGCGUUGUCGCAGCCGACAGACGAAUUGACCAACAGUCUCCUCGCUACUUUGAGUAAUUUGGCGAAACAAGUGUCUCUCGAAAGGUACAUUAGCUUUAGGAAUAAAGUAAUCAUCUAGUACCUUAAGUGUGGCGGGGUAAUCCUUAUCUUCACCACCAGGCACGAGAGUAAAAUAAACGUCUUGCACCUCGAGGCCGGCCGUGUGAAGCAAAAGGCCACGUUUCUGCGAGUCACUUGUGAAUCCCUUUUCCCAGUACGUAUAACUCGAAAGCUCUUUUCCAUUUUCUCCAACGCUGUGAAAUGGAGUGCGGAUCCCCUUUCACUUGAAAAGGCUGUAAACCACCGACUUCUACAGCUACCGGAGUCACAACUCCACUGUUAGUGGCAGCACUCGCCGAAUUUCCUGUCUCAUCCGAUCCCCCGGGCAUCACACCAAACUACGUCUCCUAACGAAUGCAAAUCUCGUUUAAAACUUUCACGAAGGUGUCCUUUACCAUCCCAUCCUCGUCGCCAGAUGUUAAAUUCCGUAUUUUAAUGCUUUAUAAUCACGAUGUUAUAAGAUUACAACAAAAACCGAACAUAAGUUCAACACGCUUGUCUGGUCUUCCAACACUCGUAACCGAGCACGCAUGGUAUUGUGGGAUGUCCAAUACAUAAACUUCCGGUUAACUCAAACAUCCGGUUUUAAUACACUACAGUAUUAGAGCUUUUUUGUCUCAUUAUUUUAGGUAAAACUGGUUUCUUAUGGUGGCUUCCGGUCGCAACCGCGCGUGGCGAACUUGAAAUAUACAGGCCAGCAAAUGGCAUGGAAUAGGAUGCCGUAGGACCUCAACUGGCGAAUAAAACCUUUAAAGACAUUUUGAUAAUUCUUUUAGGAUCCAUUGUAGCGAUGAAGUGGGUGUUUUUGUAUAUGUAUUUUGCCAUUUCUUAAUAAAGCUUUUUUCUGUUUAUGUUGGCAAUGAUACUUAGCUGGUGUUGCGUUACGUAAAAUAUAGAGAUGUCUUUGUUAUUUUCACUGUUUGUUGGAGCUGUUCCCCUCCUUUGAAUUUUAUCUCCGAUAGACGUCACUUUGUACGUUAACGGUCUCGGUAUUUUCGACUGCAUAAGCCGAGCUUGUUGAAGUUAAAGCAUGUGCGAUCACCGUACACCGUACGGUUGAUGUACUGCAUCGUUGAAUUAUUGAACUGACAAUCACAAACAAGCAACGAAGAGAAAUCUCACACCUAGAAUAUGUAUUUAUUUCAUGACAAGUACGUGGAAAUCGCUUGUUAAUCCAUGGAGAGCUUUAUCAACGCACGUUAAAACAGGAUGUAAUGAAGCAAAGACCUUCCUCGCUAGCUUCUAAGAACAUUUGCAUUUUCGUAGACUGCCCAUUGUAAGGCUAGUUAACUCAUAAUCGGCGGUCAAAAUACUCUCUUUGACUUAACAAGUGAUAUAUUUGGAACAAUAAAACUAAAAUCGUAAAUAGAUCGACACAGCAAAGGUACAGAGAGUUUUAUCGGCAAAACAAGUCGCUUUCCACCGUUGUUGAACUGUCACGUCCCUGUUGAACUGAUAGGAUCACGUGCGUUCAGAAGCUUGAUAAUGUAGUGUGAAGCGAUGCAUCAUGGUAUAUACGAAAUUCCCCCCUUUUGCAAAGAGAGUUUUCGCCUGAAAGAAUUAGUAACAAUAAUUUCAUCUUUUUUUGGCGAAAUUGUAGUUCAGUGAAUAUUUUCUCAUUUUAGGGCUGUCCCUUGUGGUUAUCUGUAGUUCUGAGAAUGAAGAGAGAGCUCAUAUGGCUGCAGCACUUGAUCAGUACAGACUUAGAACUAUUCCAUAUUGUGCUGCAUCAAAAGAUAUCAGGCAAUAUCUGCAGACACAAUUCAAGGUGUGCUCUCGUCUACAAGGAAGGCUGCAAGAUAAGAUCCUUCAAUGGGAACCUGCUGCCAUGGUGGACAAGGAAAAGUAAGGAGAGAAAAAAGCACUUUCUUUCUCUUUGCAAUGCACCUUUUUAGUGACUACGUUUUCUGUGAGUUCUGUGACCCAAAGAGUUGAUUUCUACUGCGGCGUAUUUUUUUACGUGCAUACGUGCGUAAAAUUUACGUUCGCAAAUAAAAUAGAGGUAAAGCAUGAACGGUCGCUCGUAAGCGUAAAAGUGGAAACUCGCUCAACUUCACGUUCAAUCUCAACACUUUAUAUCUUGCGUCUAUUCUAUUCACGUGAUUAAAAUUUACGUACGUUAACGUGCGGAGCAAAAGACGCGUCAGUGGAAAUCAACCUUAAAGCCAAACCCGGGUCGAAAGACCUUUGUAUGCGAGGAGUCCUAUUUAGUUUUAAUUACCGGGUAUCCAUUGGCCAAAAGCUAUUAAAAUUUAAGAUAAGGAAAUCCAGAAAUGCGCACAAUUAAACAGAACGUAGAUAAUGUCAGCAGCACCACCUAAAACGCUAUCUCCACCAUUAGCAGCACCAACUCCACUAUCACUACGUACAUCACAACAACAAUCCAACAACAACAGCUGGUAAAAUUAGCGACUCUGCAUCGGCCCCUCAUUUUCACUAGCAACACCAUAAUGGACAGCACCAGCCACUCUUCCGACCACUACCAAUGGCACCAAAAAAACCGCUACCAUAGACAACAACUCCAACACAAUGCAUAUUGUAAGGCAAGUAUAUCACCAACAACAUAACAUAGCCGACGGUCCUGUCAUCUACAGUACCAAACACUACUGCUACUAAUAGGGGGCUUAAGCAACAACGACGGCGACGGCUAGGAAAACGUCACUUAAAAAGUGAAGGUGCGCUGCCUCAAACUUUGUCGCGAGUUUUGCCUCGGGUUCAAUUCGCCUAACGUUGGCUGUUUUUACUUGAGUUGAAUUCUAAAAGACUGUAUCGAAGUUCAGGAAAAGAAAAAGAAAGUCGUUGUCUUGUGUUUACGUUUUCCAGAAAACGUGAAAAUAGGCAUUUUCACAUCGCAGUCAAGCAGUGACGGUAAAGAAAUGUACAAAAAAGCGUGAUGCACGUGAAAAGUUGUUUUUUGCUAGUUGAACCUAUUGCAUUUUUGCCGUUCUCGUUGACGUCGACGUCGUCGUUGCUUAAGCUCCCUAAUCUCGGCAGCAACAGCCGCGUCAAUAGCACCACUGCCAACACCAUCUUAUACACCAGCGUUUUUAGCCUCAACCCAUGAAAGUGACAUUUGAGUGACCACCGCCACCUCCUUUUACAAAACACAGGCCAAACAGGAUCAACUACAAGUGUGUCUUGUAAUGUCUAAAUUGAACUUUGUGUUUCCUAUCUCUAAAAGGAACAUUCCGUUUAUCCCAUACAGGUUAUCAGUGAGAGUUGUAUCCUCAGAAAGGGCAGGUUGCGGCAAGAGCUUGGUGGUUCGGCGACUUAGUGAAAGCUUAGUUCAACUUGGAGACAAUGAUGCAGUAUUGAGUUACCUCAGAGAUGGGGAGGCAGAUAUGCCUCUGUGUAUCAGCGUCCCAAUUUAUGGACCAGCUGUUGAUCAGUGCUCCGUUGUGGAGUCCUUGUUACCGCAUAUGAUUGUUCCUGAUCUGCCACUUUCCCGAAUUUUUCACCUUGAUGUCCAUCCGUCGGUACUAAAUGCUUUUUUAGACAAUAUGUUUAAGCGUACUUUAAAUGAAUGUAUAUCACAAAAACGUAUUAAAAAGGGUUGAGAUAGCUACGAUCUUAGAAAUGUUUGAAUUGCACAAAAUAUUUUUAUCCCACAAAAAUGCACUGAACACACUUGCCAAUCAAUAGGAAGAUAUGCUUAAGAUCUGAUUAGCUCCUAUCUAUUAAGUGACCGUACCAUCCUUGUGAUGGUUGUAUUUUGACAGGUGAAGAGUGGUCUUGACGCACUUCUGUUUAAUCUCUUGAUACUUGGUGUCUUGAAAAGUAGUAGUGGACAGGUCUGGAGACGAAGAUUAUCUGAUUUGUAUGUGGUUGAGGUAACGACGGGGCCAAAGCAAGGGGUCAAUGAAACCGUCCAAAGGCGAACGGAACUUUCUAAGGUAGGUUUCACUUAGUCGUUAAGCCAUCAUCAGAGUGGCCUAAGAGAUACUGUGGGUGCAUUUAUCUUAUUUCUCAAGGGAAGAACCGAUUAAUGAAGAGCGUUUUUUAUAUUUUUAUUGCACCGAUUUUUAAAUCUUUAAAAAGACUUUCUGGACGAUAGCUUACAUUGAUGUCGCGUUUGCUUAUCUUUUCUUUAUCUUUUAAAUAUUUCAUUUUUGUGGUCAAUCAUGCUAGGGUCUUUGCGGUUAUUUGGUUAGCCGCCAACUUAGCCCUAUUCAAAAAUGCCAUUAAGACCACUGGGUAAGUGGCUCGUGGGAGUUUACAAGAUCUUUGUUUCACUGGUAAAGUCAUUUUUUUAAAAGCUGAAGUGAUAUAAUAAUAAUGAUAAGAUUUAAUAUUUAUACAGCGCAAAUUAACAUACAGGAGGAUAUGAUCAAAUGCGCUUUACAUAUUACAAUUGAAUACGAGAUUACUAUGUUACCUAUUUACAAUUUUGAAUUUACAAUAAAAUGCGAAGAUGUAUACUAUAUGAAACACUAAAAAGAAAUUAUAAAUUAAACGCUUCUCUAAAAUAGUGAGUUUUAAGCAACGUCUUAAAGGUGUUGAAAUUUUGCUGUGACUUUAAUGAUUGCGGGAGACUGUUCCAAAUCUUGGCGGAUGCAUAGGAAAAGGCUCCAUCGCCAAGCGUUUUUUUCGAUCGUCGUGAAUGGUCUUCCAACUGGAUACUGGUGCUCGAGCGGAGGUUGUAUGUCGAAGUCUUCUUGAUGGCGACCAUGCUUUUUUGAUAAUUGGCCGAUGAAUGCACUUAAAAUAGAGCAUAGCAAUCUUGAAAUUGACUCUAAGUUUAAUCGGCAGCCAGUGAAGACGUAUAAAUGACGAUGUGAUGUGUUCUUGUCUUGGCAAUGAACACACCAAUCGGACUGCCGCGUUUUGCACCCGUUGGAGGUUGCUAAGGUUCGUAGCGGCAACACCAUACAAUAGUCUAUUACAAUAGUCUAUUCUCGAUAUCAGAAUUGCCUGAACAAUCGACUCUAUCUUCAAAGCUAAGAUAUCGUUUAAUGCGCCCAAUAUUAUGCAGAUGGUAAAGUCCUGAUUGACAAGUCUUGUUGAUGGCGGUUUUCGUGCUCAGAUGGUUGUCGAACGACGUCCCUAGGUUCCGAACGUUGCAUACUGCAGACACUUCCUGUGAUCAAUGCUGAGCUCUGAUAUGCUUAUCUUGUCCAACCGCGAGCGGGUUCCGAUUACAGUUAAUUCCGUUUUGUCAUCAUUUAGCUUAAGUUUGUCAGCCGUCAUCCAAGUGUUGAUGUCUAGAAUGCAAUCUUGUAAGGCAGUUACCGUUUCCAAUUCACUCGCACUAGAACCAGGCUUAAAUGAGAUAUAUAACUGGUUAUCGUCUGCGUAUGCACGAACAUCUGGGAAGUGGCGCUCCACUACCUCAAAUAGCUUGCUGGCAUAAAUUACAAAAACGCAGCGGCCUCAGACACGAACUUUGCGGUACACCUUGAGGUAGAGAGAAAUCCUCUGAGAAGCUCCCAUUAAGUAAUUCAUGCUGUGAUCUACCAGCUAGGCAGGAUCUGAACCAUUGAAGUACAGUAUCUGCAAUGCCAAAAGUUACCUCUAGACGACGGAGAAGUACUUCAUGAUCUUCAGUGUCAGAUGCUGAACUCAAGUCUAACAGCACUAGUAGAGUGACCCUCUGGUGAUUCAUGUUAAGCACGAUGUCAUUGUUUACCUUAAGGAGAGCCGUCUCCGUGCUGUGGCCUGCUCGAUAGGCUGACUGGAGCGUUGGGUACAGCUCUGAUCGCACUAAAUGCUAUUGGGUUUGGUUGUACACUGCUCUCUCCGUAAGCUUCGACUCACGGGUCUAAGAUUUGAAAGGGAGUAGCUUUAACAAGGUUUCUUGAGCUGCGGAUCAACUAGAGCAGCUUUCCACGCAGCUGGAAAGUGUCCAAGAGCCAAGGAACAAUCAACCAUAGAAGUGAUUAUUGGGAGGAGUUCUUCAAGGCUGCCCAGUAAGACAGACGUCUUAAAAGGAUCGAGCAUACAACUUUUCUUAGCUGAAGCCUGAAUGAGCUGGUAUAGAUCCUUGAAAACACGUAGUGGUUCGAGAUUUGAGCUGAAAGCAGGGUCGUCAAUCAGGUCACUACAUCUGUUCUGGGUAACAUCGAUACCGUCUAGCUCAUUGCGGAUAUUAAGGAUCUUACGAUGGAAAUAGCGGGCAAUGUCAUUUGCCACAGCCACAGCAGCAGGUCUUCAGCGGACUUUGCCUUUCUCCACGUUUGCUCAGCCUUCAGUCGCUUUCUUUUCGCCUCGGCAAUUUCUUGGUUGUACCCGGGGACCUGGGGCCUUGAACUCACUACUUUUGGUUACAGUGGUGCAUGGCGAUCUAGCAUAGUGCUUAGGGUGGAGUUGUAACUUUGUAUAAACUUGUCAAAAUCUUCACAAGAGGAUGGACACCCAACAAUGCCUUGCAGGCACAGAUCUAACUUCGCGAUAUCUUGCUUGAGGCAGUCAAGAUCAACAGACUUGGUCUUCCUAUAAGUCACCCUCUUGGGCGAGCCUUGUUUAUGCGAAUACUACAACAAACAGCCGAAUGAUGAGAGAUUUAGCGACAACUGCGUGGAGUUGACCCCAGCAGUGUCUCAGUUCUCCUCGUGAUAAUGAGAUCUAACCUGUGACCAAAUAUGUGUCCGUUCGGUAACGUGCUGUUCAAGCCCAAGCGAUUCAAGUAGAUUAAGGAACUUCACCGCGUCGAUACCAUUUGGAACGUCCACGUGGAUAUUGAAAUCCCCAAGGACAAGCAAGCGUUCCUUUGAUAAGAUAACACAUUCCAUUAAAUCAGCGAACUCCUUUAACAAGGUGCUCCUGGGAACCCUGUGGUUUUCCGAAGGUUGUGUUCUAUAAGCAAUAAUGAUCCUGAGCUUGCAAGAUGUCGGCAGUUGUACAAGUAGCUCACAAUAAUCGAUGGCCUCCUUCUCAGCAGAUCUGACGGUAUUAACUCUUAAGCAGUCACGGAAGAGUAAUCCUAUGCCCCCUCCGCCCCUUCUCGAGCGAGGAUGGUCUAUUAGCUUAUAACCAGUUGGGCGAUGUUCAACUCUGACUGCAUCAUCUCUCUUUUGUAGACAGGUCUCGGUAAUUGUGACGAGAUCGUAUUUGUUUUCGCACAUAUAGUCAACAAAGUCUGCCGUCUUAUUUCUAACUGAUUGCGCAUUUAUUAAACAAAACGACAACAGUCGACUAUUGCCUGGUGUUUUAUUCAGUGGAGCCGGUUUAAUUUCAAUAAGACUGGAGGUGUUACGAGCUGACCGACACUUUGCUUUAGAAGCUUGUCCCAAGUGAGUAGUGUUAACGCCUUGUUGUGAGGGACCAGGAUUUAGUUUGAAAACUAAAUCUCCUUCUAACAGCGGGUGAAAUGUUGCGGUGCUGUUAGCAUAAUAUGCACAAGGGCUCUUGCUCCGCCUAGAUAUCUUCUUGAUGGAGAAGACAAAGGCUCCUCUGUUCAACACAGAUCCCGUUGGGUACACAGUUGUGACAGCUUUGCCAUUGUUGUUCCACGGUAAAACAAUACACUCGUAAAAUUCACUGUUUUGAAAGGUCCAAGGUGUCAACGAUAAUUCUUGAAAAUGCCAAAUUAUAGGGUUUUCUUGCCAGUUUCCAACGUGAAAAAUAGCCCAGGACCGUCUCUCAGAUAUUAGACAGCUAUCUCCCGAGUCAUUUCUACUAUAGAUGCUCACCAAAAAGGAACCGCGCGAGUAAAAAGCCGGAGAGCAGAGUGUCGUGUCUGACGUUCAUUCUUCUGACCUAUGAUACGAUAGUAGAAGAGAUAGUAGAAGAUAGUAGAAGAGUUUAGUGAGGGAAGGCAUUGAAUCGCUAAAUUUAUGUUUUUUCAAUAGCGCGACGUUCGAAAAGUCAAAGCAGAGCCUUUUUACAGGCUGCUUCCUUCCAUUGAAUGUGAAACACCAUUACGAACGUUGAGUCAGUUGAGGACUCAGAAAAUGGGUAAGAAAUUCUAGUUUGUAAUUACAUAUUCCUUUCUGUUUGAGCUGCCAUUGGUUUGAUUGAACAAGAUAUCCGUCGUGCUUCAUUUUAAUUUUACUGUUAUUGGUACUACAUUUGUAUAAACACAAAGAAAGUUUGUAUGACUGAAAGAUCCGAGUCCUGCACGGGAAAAGAUACGCCACCUGGUUCUUCUACUAGGUUCGUCUUCACAUUCCUGCUACAAUUGCAGAAUCAGCAGUGUCGAUGGGAAUCCUUCGACUAUAACUUGUACAUUAUACUAGAAUCUCCUUAAUCCCCAAUAUUCACAUGCAAAUUCUCUAGACUGAUCAACGUACAUCUACUCAUGGAAUUAGUUGAAUUUUUUCAAACGUAUUCGAGGGAUUUGGUGUCCUAAAAAUGACAGCAAUAUUCACUCACACCAUAACUUUUUUCGCUUUCCUUUUCCGUAGGUGGUAUUAGUCUCAACCCUCUGUUUGACAAUGGUGAAUUUCAAAACUCACAUGUUCAACGGGCGUUUCAGUAUCUGAGGUUUUGGGAGUCAGCAAGGGAGAAACCAAACCAAUUCUCGUUUAUACCAACUAAGGUGAUGGGUGACCAUGCAGAGUGUAUUGACAUACUUGUAAGGUACACUCUAUAUAAAAAUCUUUUUUCACCAUUUCUUCAAGAAUGGCCGAAUUUGGCUAUUAGGUCUUCGUGCGUCCACGAAUAGAGGGGAUUUCAAAAUAGCCUUUGUAAGGUCAUAAUAUAAGUUCAUUUGUAGCUUGGUUUUGUAGCUUGAGUUUGGAUUUGACAUACGUGGGUGGUGUCAAAAGUGACAGUGUAAAAAGAAACUGUUCCUUUUCAAUAAACACGAGUUCUCAGUUUACAAGGCUUUUACUCUAGAGUCCUGCUCGCGCUAUAAAAGUACAAGAACAGCAAAACAAUCAUUUCGAAAAAUAAUCUUACUUGCCUCGGCAAUUGUAGUGAUACCUAUGAGAGAUAUAGAGUGAACAGCUAUAUUACCAAUGAAAUGAGAAGGAUUUAGUGAUCGUUUAUGCACUUUUUUCAGAAAUUGUGGCGUUGUGGACCCGUCAUGGGCUGAACUCCGUCAUUUUGUGAACUUCCUCAACUCUCAGCUCCAAGCUUGUGAAGAGAGUGCGUUUUGUAACAUGGAACUUGUUGGAGACACUCUCAAGGGCUUUAGAAGCUUUGUGGUCCAAUUCAUGAUCCUUAUGUCACGGGUAAGAAAUAUGGAAAAUGUGCGAUCGCGAAGAAUAUGUGGCCCAGUUCCCAGGACCUAAAUGCUACCCACCCAAACCCUUGGAAACAGAGCCUGAAAUCUGGAAGGCGGUGGGCGCCAUCUAUGUUAUAUACAGUGAAUUAUUAUUUGACAUGGAUAUUAACUAGAUUGCCGAUCUUUUCCAUGUCUUAAAGAUUUUCGGUAUGGCAUUCUUUUUCAACCCUGUUUUCAUUUGGGUUUAUUUUGAACCAAACAUUUUUUUUCCGGAAAUCAAUGUAACAUCUUGACUAUGUUCCUCAACGAAGCAUUGAGAGAGUGACAUUAGGGUUCCGUAAAUCCUCUAUUAAGUUCCCCAGGGGGGCUCCUUUAUUUCAAACACAUUUGAGAGGGGAGGGGGGCCUUAUUUGGGACGUGGGGGCUACAUAUUUAGUUUAAGCAAAGAAGAUGGUAUCAAAUCUCCAUAAAGAACUACCGUGUAAAGUGGAAAAGCUCAAGUACAAGAAGUUGAAGGUCAUGCAGCCGAGGAUCGAAAACAAAUCCGAACGUCCAGUCUGGAUCAGUCCACACGGAGUUUUACUGUCGCUAUUGAUUAAUACAGUCUAUUAUUUAUUAGUGAAUGAUAACAAGGGGAGGGAGGGGGGCUUAAAAAAGAGGGGCUCUUACCAACUAUCUUCUCCUGAGAAGGAAGGACUUAUUAGAGAGGGGGUAGUUCAUUGAGAAGAGAGGAGGGGGCUUAAUAGACUAUUUACGGUAGCUAACAUUUCUGCCUUUUCUCCCCAUUUCCAAACCCUUAAGGUGGUUAGUAUGCAUAAUUUAUGAACCAAAGAGCCCAAAAUUUAGUGUUGUCCCUAUUGUACUGACAUCUUCAAGUUCGUGGCAAUUCGUUGUCCCUGUAAUGAACUUCUUUUUUUUAAGGAUUUUGCCACGCCAUCUCUAAACUGUUGUGAUACACCUGUCGAAACCCAUGUUAAACAUGAUGACGAUGUUGCUGAUGAUGACGCAGCUGUUGUUCAGUUGUCUUUAAGAAGACACUGGGAAUUCAGGUAUGAUUUUAAAACGUAAUUGGUAAAGUUAAGAUACAUUUAAAGGGGGAGUCGCUUAAGUCAAAGUAUUCGAUUUUUUAAAUCAAUUUUCCCAGUUAUUUUAUCUCUUUGGUACUAUUCGUGUUUUGUAGUUUUAAAGUCUUAUCAAGUUAUGACGUUCCUGUUAAGACGAAAAAGUAAAAUUUGUGGUAUUUUCUAUGCUACUUUUACAACGGUUGUCUGCGAUUUGUAAAUUUUAUCAUUCCUUUCGCAUUUUUUCUUUUAUUUUUGUUGAUGUAUUUUAAUUUUUUUCAACAGCUCACAUCCCUACAUUUUCUUCAAUCAAGAUGGCGUUACCAUGACGUUUGUUGGCUUCCAUAUUGACCAAAAUGGCAAUUUAAUUGAUCCAGACAGCCAUGUUAUCAUCCAGCCUAAUUUGAUGUCAGGGGAUUUACGUACUGGUCUUUUCAUCCAAAAGGUUGACAUGGAAAGUAACUACGAAUCCUGGAGCAAGUAUGAAACAUAUAUAUAUUUAUUUGACAUGAUAUUUGUAGACUUUGAUGCUUCUGUACCAAGUUUCUUACAACGUGUUUUCUUGUACCAUGAUGGGCUAAGGUUAAUGCGUUGUUUUUGUUUAACUUAGGGGAGAGAAAAUCGAGAAGCUUUGUGGAGUGAUGGGUGUUAAAUGGCCCAAUGAUCCGGAUGAUUCAUAUGAAUUAACCACGGACAAUUUAAAGAAAAUUUUAGCCAUCCACAUGCGCUUCAGGUAAGUGAAAUCCUUUAAAAUGAGACAUGAGAAAUGUGUGAUUAACUUCACACUCAAAUAGCCCCAUUUAAAAUUACGAGCACUAAAGCCUCAACUGCAUGACAAAUUAAUUGUUAAUUAUUGGACAGUUAAUCAUGUGAGAAAAAAAAAAUCAAGUAACACUGGAUAGCCCGUACUUACGGAUUUCAGCAAAAAUGUGCACACCGCCACCACAAAUUUGUUCUUUUGCUCCAUCUCCACGACACAAUUCUAUUGUCUUUUCUCCCCCACUACCACUGCUGUAAUUCCAUUGUCUUCCCUCUUUCUCUACCACACUGCCACCGUUACGUUGCUUUCCCUACUCCUCCUCCACCACCACAUUUACGAUUUCGUUGUCGUCCUCUUUUCUCCACCAAUCCGAAACGGUUAUGUUGUUUUACCUUCUUUAAAAGCAACAGGACGGCUUUAUUGUCGUCCAAUUCUUAUUUACCACACAUACGACCACCACAAUUUUAUCGUUGUCCUUUCUCCUCAACCACACUUUCACGGUUACGUUGUCUUCAACUCUCCAUCAUUACCAGCACCAUUUCUGUCGUUGUCCUUCCCUUCCCACCGCACAGCCCCGAUUAUGUUGUCUACACUUCUUCAUAACCACCACCAGCGCCACCUUCGUGGUUAUGUUGUCUUCCCUCGUCCACCAUCGCCAUCACCCCCACAAUUUUUUUGUCGUCCUUCCUCCACACCAGGAGGCUAAUGUUAUUUUUCACCGCUGCCACCACAAUUUUAUCGUCGUUCUUUCUUGUGCACCAACCUACCACAGUUACUGGUAUGUUAUCUUCCGUCUUCCACCACCUCCACCACAACUUUAUUGUCGUCUUUCCCUCUUUAUCACACUGCCACGGUUAUCUUGUCUAUCCUCCUUCACUGCACCGUCACGGUUCUGUUGUCUUCUCUUCUCCAUCUCCAUCACGACCAAAAAACUCCAGAAAACCCGGUCACAGUUUUGGCCAAAGUCUUAGUAUACUUUGUGUUUUCUUUUACACUGAUACAUUCGAAGAUGUGGUAUUCCUGUGGUCAUAAUGGGAGAGACAGGUUGUGGAAAAACCUCCCUUAUACGGUACAUGUGUGGUUUACAAUCAGGACGCGGAGGACCCAAGAACAUGUUGCUCAUGAAGGUAAGAAGCCACUAACUAUGGUAAAUCUCAUAUAUUCAGUUUUAUAAUUGAAGUUUUAGUGGGGGGAGAUUUAUGUUUUCUUUUUUAUCUUAAAAACAUGUCCUUACUAAAAUAUAAUCAUCGAGCCUAUUACCUUUAAUUCCACAUUUAGUGUUCAUUAUCUUGCUCUUGACGCUUUGGGAGGGAAGACGUUCGAUAAAGAGUCAGUAAUUCGUUCCUUGUUUUGCCUUAAUAGGUUCACGGAGGAACAUCCCACAGAGACAUUGAGAAGAAAGUGGAGGAGGCUGAGAAGAUGGCCAGAAAGAACGAAAGCCAUGGCAUUGAUACGGUGUUAUUCUUUGAUGAGGCCAACACAACAGGUGCUCUAGGGAUGAUCAAAGAGGUUAUGGUGGAUCGCAGAGUCAACGGUAGAAAAAUCGGAGUUGGGCUCAAAAGAUUGCAGUUCAUUGCAGCAUGUAAUCCUUACAGGAAGUAAGCACACUUCUGCCUAGCCUGUCGAUGCUCUAUCUUUAAGCAAAUAUACAUGCUAUUGACACAUUUGUUUGUCUUGCAGACACACGGAAGAAAUGAUCCAUAAACUGGAAUCAGCUGGCCUGGGUUACCACGUUGCAACUCAAGAAACACAUGAUUGGCUUGGUAAGACAUAGGCUUCUUCGACAGUUGUGAGCAUUUCGUUUGCGGCAUGCUUUCAAAUGUGAAGCAAAUGCUCCUUUGGCUUCAUUUAAACUUACCAUAAUGUGUCAUGUUUCGAAAGGCUGAAGAAAAAUAGCUUUAAAAAGUUUCUUUUGCUAAUAAAAGAAACCUGCUACAUCAAACUGACGUUAGAGUCAUGAUCAGUGUGUUACAAAAUGGGUGAAAGCAGAACGGUUUUGUGUUCAAGUAGAACCAAUUUAGAUAUCAUGCACAGACUGAAAUACUUUAGGCAUCUUUAGUUAUCUUUACUUUGUACUCCCUUAUUUAGUUUUCAGUAAAGAAAAGUUUAUUUGCUUUGUUUUAUGCCAGGGCGCAUUCCUCUUCGUCACCUGGUCUACAGAGUACAUUCCCUGCCAGAGAGCAUGCGUCCUUUGGUCUGGGACUUUGGCCAACUGAAACCUGAGAUCGAGGAGCUCUAUACGCGUCAAAUUGUCAGCAGAUUUGUAAGUGGACAUAAUAUAUAGAUUUAGCCAGGGCUAAAAGCGAAGCUCCAAUUAAUAAAUUUAUAAUUUAAAUCAUACAAUAAACUUGUAAUCCACAAAUCAGUUAACUUAAGGGCACAUUCAUGUGACUUUUGAGGGAAAGGCUAAGUUAUUUUAGAGUGAAAUAUCUUACACCGAAUUGAUAGCCUUAUAUGUACACCCAAAAAAUAGCAAAUAUAUUCGAUCACAUUCAAGAUCAUAGGCCUCGAAAACAAAUUCUUGGAAAACAAAUCAGGCCGAAUUUUUUUGCGUUCGACUGGGUUUACUUCACAAAUUCUUGCCAACAAAUCUGGGGGUGUGUAAAGCAACCUUUUAUAAUUUUUAUACAUCACAUCUGAGGUGAAACAGUACUAUUUAUCAUACAGACCUCGGACAGAAUGCGGUAUUUCACAAAUUUUCAAGACAAUUUGCACUCAUUCAAUAUUCAGGACGAUCAAUUGUGGGCUUUAAGCGAAACCGUUCAAAACAUUUCCAAAAUCACCCAUACGGCCAGCCGGUUCUCAUUUCUAUAGUGCGAGCUAUCAGUGUAGUCGAGUGUUUGAAUGAACUUUAAUAGAGUUACGCUUCAACAUAAUAACGAAUUUAUAAUUAUUAUUAUUUUUCGUUUUUUAAUGGUUUCAGUUAUAACGAUGUGUAAUCUUAUAAAGCGUUUGAUACGCGCGACAUUUUUGAGUGCUCCUGCAAGCGAUGUUCAUGAACGAUGAAAACAAACGGCACGGACAAGCGAUUAAAAUUGCAAGAGAGACUACUAACAAUCAAUGAAAGAAAUAUAAUUCGGUGAAACAUUUACAGAGACAACAAUUUUCAUUCACGAAGACAUGUAUUAUAGUGUCUCAAAAAAUCCUGAGUCUUUAAGCGUAAAGCUUAAGUUUAUGUUUUAAGCCGGCUUCCGGCGCGCAUGUUUUCAAAGAUGAACUCCUCGAAACAACAAAAUCGCUCAUAGUUUUCUUUCUACAGCCAAAUUUAUAACUAAAUAUUCUUCGGAACGUUUUCUUUCUAUUUGCGGUGAGAAAAUAUAUCUGAAGGCUUUUUAAAGUUCUGUAAGCUUAUAUCAAACCUGAUACUAGGUCAGAUCAUUGAUUCAAAUCCUACAAACGUGCAUAAACUUGCCGCAAAAACUGUGCUCGACUUCAUGAAAUUAGAUAUAACAAAAACAAACAUCAAAUACAAUAAUUACUCAGGCUUACCAUUCGAGAUUCAGUUCCUGAAAGCUGUCUAGGAAGGCCACAGUUGCUUGAGACCUUUAAACCCUCUUACGCAUUAAGCAAGGUGAAAAACGAAAACGAUGCCAUCCGAAAUCGAAUUACCGAAUUUGACAAGCGACGCAUUUCUCAACCAAAAACCCAGUAAACAAACCAGCCAUGAAUAAACAGAAGACUCUUUAUAGCAGCUGUAUUUCAUUUUGUACAUCCAGAGGGAAAAGACAGUUAAAAACAUCACAAGUUGAAACAAAACUCUGUCAGCUUCAGCUGCCAAAGUAAACAAUUUUCAAGAUGCUGCAUGAAUUUUCCGCAUGAACUCACCAAUCAGACAUCUUGACCAAUCAGAGCAUAAAAACUGGACGUAGAGCGUGACCAACGCGUGACCAUGGUAAGAAAAGGCCUUUCCCGCCUGUGUUCUUAAAAAAACUGGCUGAAUUUUAGCGUCCGAGGUCAGUUAGAAAUCACAGUCCUAAUAGUGCGUGGCCAUCGUGCCAUAAACACAACAUAUUUGAUAUGAAUCAUUGGAAAAAAUAAACUUGAGCCUGCGAUCAUUUGAAACUAGUAGUCUGUCAGCAGAUAACUUCAAAAAAUACUCGACCUCGACGGGUGGACAUUUGAGCCCAUGGUACAGUCAGGUGAUAGUGGUCAGCGGAUACCCUGUUUUGACAACUGUCAAUUGAUAACAACAUUGAUGCGCAAUUAGUUUUCUCUUAGCAUCCCAAACUAGCUAGAAAGUGUGAGAGUAAACAUUGGUUACCCUGUGGUGCGGACAGACGGUCGCGCGGGCGGUCGGUCAGUCGGUGUACGGUCACGUGAUUACCAAGUUUUCGCGGAUGGGUAGAUUACCACAUUUCCUUAGCUAUGGGGCUCCGCCCACGCGCUUCGCGCCGCCUGGAGCUCUGCUAUAAUGGUGUGAGAGAUAGCGUCUUACAGUGUGUUGGCAAAUAACUAAAAUGUGUACCUUUGUGUCCCAUGACAUUUUUCCUGCCGACUUUUUGACACAAAAAUGUUUGCUUGAGAAUACAGCCGACAUUUCGCGAGAGGCCAUCACUGGUUUCGCCGCGAACUGACGUCUAAGGAACAAGUGCAGAAAUUCCAUACUGAUGACGUGUCACUACCCAGGUCUAGGUAGUGCUCCUGAUUGGUUGAAGUAAAUUUCCCUCGCGGCACGACCAACCAGAAGCACUUCCCAGAUAUGGGUAACGACCAGGUUAUCAGUGUGGAAUUUCUGCGCUCGUUUCUCAGACGUCAUUUCGCGAGGAAACUAGCGGUGGCGUCGCGAAAUGUCGGCUGAUUUCUCAUGCUAUAACACUUUAUACAUUCUAUGGAAGAAUCGAUUUUUAAGCAGCAAUUCUUGAAAACGUCUUAGUCAGUGUCAGUUGUCGCUGUCGACAUGAACAUCGCAUAGCUAUUUUACAGUGCCACUUAUUUCAUAUUUGUGCUAUUGAAUAAUUCUCUUGAUGUGGUGUUCUAUUUCGUGUAAGAUCCUUCAAGAAAAACAGAUUCCAGGCGGUGAGCCUUUGGUCAGGGCUCUGACGAGAGUACUAACUGCUUCUCAGCGUUACAUGAGAGAUCAGACGGUAAAAAAUAGUGCUUUUGUUGUGUUUUUUGUGCAUCUCCUUGUCCAUUUUGUAUGAACUUAACGAAAAAUUUAGACCUUUUUCAACAGUACAGCCAGUUUGAGAAUUCUUGCCUGACUGUAUUUUUUUGUUUACUCUUAAUAGUCCAUUUUACACUUACAGAUGGAAACGAGGCUGGAGAUAACCUUGCUUUUAUACGAGCCUUCUUGCUUUAUUAUGUAAAAGUGUUUUUAUGCAAACUAGCAUUUUUAAGCACACUUUCCAUGAGAAAAGGAGGGAGGUUUGUAUCAAAACAAGGUCAGUCUCAGCCUCACUUUCACUCAAAGGCAAGGAUACUAAGCUUAACAACUGUAAAAUGGUAUUCUCUCUUACAUGCUACUUCUCCGAUGGCACCUAAUUUUAUUUAUCACAUUACAGCUGAUAUCAAUGUGUUGUACUACUUUAUGCCCUUUCCAUCCACGCCAGUAAGAACUCUGGAAGAAAUUCUUGUCUUGCAAUACUCACUUUUGUAGGAUGAGUGUAGCUUUGUGAGCCUUCGAGAUGUAGAACGUGCAAUGAGAGUGAUGGUCUGGUUCUACAACCAUCGCGAUGCUCUUAAUCCUCUAAUGGAUGAAAAAAUUGACGAGGAAGAUGAACAGGAUGAUUUGGAUAAGGUAAAGGAGAUUUGUCCUUUGAAGACAAAUAGACAGAAUUGCAUACUAAAUAAGUAUGUUCUUGACAGACAUAAUGGAAUAAAAAAAUAUUUUGCUCAUUUGAGAAUAUCUUUUUCAUUAAGUAAAGCAUACGUGCGGUAAAGAAAAAUGUGGUUUUCAGAAUGGCAUGACUCUGCACUUGUCACAAAUAUCCCCCUCAAUUUUCUUUGUAGCCCAUUGAUGACGUGUCACGUGCCCUGGUGCUUUCAAUUGGAGUGUGUUACCAUGCAAGACUUCAAGAGAGAAAACCUUAUCGGCGUGCAGUGGCUCCUAGCUUUUCCCGUCCAUACCAACUACCAGGUGGACAUGAGCGAAUUUUGCAGGAAAUUACACGGUAGACCACACUAGCAAUUCUUUUUUUUAGAAGCAAUAACUUCUUAUUUGCUGCCACAUCAGAUGAUAAAAAAAACCUUUAACCGAGUUGUCAUUUAGGUCGUUACACCCAAAGGUGAUAUGUUCACGAUAGGCUGCGGUGUCUCCAGCAAUUUGCAGUAGCUUAAGUGAAUACGUUUUUCAUUGGUAUCUUGAGGGAUUCUUAGACAUGAAUACGUAGAGAAACCGUGUAAGAAAAGCUAGAAAUAAAUAUAGAACCUUUGCGACCAAGCUGGGUUACAAAGUAAAUCAGGUUGGUGUUGAUUUUAUCAAUGCAUGUUUACUUGGUUUACGGACCUUCUUUUUUCGUCAUCAGAUGCCAAAAAGCAGUGCUGAAAGAGCUAGAACUGGGUCAAAAUAUCGCACGUAACACAGCACUUAGUGAGAAUGUGUUUAUGAUGGUGGUGUGCAUUGAACUCAGGAUUCCUUUGUUUGUGGUUGGUAAACCAGGCAGCUCUAAAUCUUUAGCCAAGACCGUUGUGGCUGAUAACAUGGAAGGAGGUGCUUCAAGAUCUGACCUUUUUAAGACCUUUAAGCAGGUGAAGCCAAUGUGCCAACGAUUACGAAUUUUUGUUAUUGUAUUGCAAUUGUUAGAAUCUAUCAAACAAAUGUGAUAGAGUGGUUAGUAUCCUUUAUGAGAACGACAAAGAUGAGGAGAGGAAAGAUCACCGCAGGACUAUUUUUCUUAAUGUCUUCUUCGUUUGAUUUAAUCACAGUAUUGUGUUGUAUUGAAUUGUAUUGUAUUCAGGUUGUUCAUCGUGUUCUUAGGUUUGUUAUUCAUGUAUGCUAAUUUUGUGUUCCACAAGGUUCAUAUGGUGUCUUAUCAAUGCAGCCCUCUCUCAACUGCUGAGGGGAUCGUUGCGACUUUCCGUCAAUGCAGCAAGCUCCAAAGAGGCAAGAACCCAGACAAGUUCGUGUCAGUUGUGGUCUUAGAUGAAGUUGGCCUGGCUGAAGACUCACCUCUAAUGCCUCUUAAAACGCUCCAUCCACUGCUGGAGGAUGGCUUAAGUUCCGCCGCUGAUGGCAUCGUAGAGGUGGAAGAAAAGUUUCCUGAAAGAGUAGCCUUUGUUGGGAUAUCCAACUGGGCCCUUGAUCCUGCAAAGAUGAAUCGCGGUAUCAUGCUUUCUCGUGGGCUUCCAGACACAGAGGAGCUAGUGGAAAUUGCAAUGUAAGUUCUCCUCUGGUUUGGGACUAAAAAUGGUAUUCAUAAGUAAAGGAAGGCUCACUAAAUUGUUCGCUUUAGUUUCACAAAACAAUUGAUAAACGUCCCUGACAACGCCCCUACUCCGGCUAACAAUAGGAGCUGCAGGUUAUAGGGACCCAUAAAGAUAGAGACCUAGGGAGAUGCAGACCAGAGUGAACACUUUUUACCAGAUACACAAAACCGGACCAUUUCUUUGUUACUGAUAUUUUCACACUAGAUGUCCCGCUUAAUAAAAAUUGACCAUCAGCUAAAUGUUGACUUUAUUGAGGGCAGACCGGUUUGGUUCAACCUUAAAUGAGAAAGACACUUUUUGAGGAGGAAAUAUGUUUGCGGGCGACAAAAGGAGCCCGCCACCAAUUCUUGGUCAGCGGUGCUCUUUUAACUGUAUAGCCGGAUUUUCUCUCGAUCUGUUCACAUUCCCGUAUUGCACCGACUAAUAUGCAUGGUAUGAAUGGUAUGUAGCCUCGAAGGUCCUGGUGUUGAGUUCAAGGUCCGUCGGAUGUCACAGUAAUCACGUGAAUGCACAUGCAAGUGAUGCAACAAUCAUUAUCACACAUUCGAUUCGCAAGCACAGGUAAUUCAGGUACACAAGUACUGCACUAAAUGGGAGACUUUUUGAUUCGCCUUGCCGGCCUGGAAUCUAUUUACCCAGGAAAAUAGAAGUAGAGCCUGAUCUCAGCUUAGUGUGGGACAAGUUUUCGGUGAGAUACGAGUGCUAGGAAAGUCUAGAAAUCGAUGUAAAUUAUGAAGUUUAUUCAGGUUUCACGACAAUGGAUGGUUUUUCAGGGUUUUUAUAUUUUUAUACGUUUUCAAGCAUGGUACGUCGCCUGUCAUCCGAAAGCUUUAAUAAGCUUUAAACUCCAGUGUUUCAUUAUUUUGUGUUGCAUAUCAACGAACUUUGGUCAUUGAACACGGAUUGAAUAUUCGAUUGAAUAACAAGACUUCGUGCAUGACUGCAUACCAGCAUUACUUGUGUCACGCAUUACUGUUUUAAUGUAUCUUUGCCGGAGAAUAAAAUACAACGUCCUAUCUCGCUGAUCGCUCCAGAAAUAUUGCGGGCUAAUUGUAUCUAAUCAACUGCAAAUAAAAUCGUUGAAUUAAAUAAUUAUUAUAUGAGUCUUUUUACUGUGUUGUUCAAUCCAGUUUUGAUGAACCCGCAGUGAAAGGCAUUCACCUACAUAUGAAAGCGGUUUCGCCCGCACUUCCAAGCCAACGGCUACUGCUAGUUUUAGGUUCAAUAAAAAGAUAUACAGCUUUUCAAGGAUGGGUGGUGUAAAGUGUUUCCACCCUAAUUUGAUGUAGUUGUAAUUAGAUAGUUUAACGAGCGUGAUCCAUCUUCUUUAUGUUACUUAGGGGCAUAUGUGCAACUGAUGUAAGAGUUCAAAACUUUGUUGCUCCACUUAUGAAUCGACUGGCCCAGGGUUACAGUGAGUUAUACGAUAGACAGAAACGGUCAGAAGCUCUUCGGGAGUCUAAAAAGGAGGAAUUCUUUGGGCUUCGUGAUUUCUACAGGUAGGGAUGUUCAAAUGCAGUUUAAUGUGUCAGUUCCAGCUUAUUUUAAGCUGUUCUUACAGUCUCCUCAAGAUCCUUUUGAGAGUAUUGGAAUUUCGGAAAUAACAGUGCUCUUCCAUUAAUCAGUCCACUGUGCAGUUAUGUCUAGAAAUUCACGCAAUGUCGAAUCUGCAAAAAAUCACAUAAGCGAAUUUUCGCCAAAUUCGCCAUUUUCGUCAAAAUUGCCUUUUUCCAGGGCACCUUUGCCAUCUCAUUUGUCUUGAAAAUCAUACUUUGGCGAAUUUUCGCCAUAUUUGCUAUUUUCGUCAAAUUGGCCGUUAUCGUCAAAAUCGCUACUUUGGACGGCGCCCCCUUGCCAUAUCAUUUGACUUGUUCAUAUUACUAUGGCGAAUUUCGCCAUUUUCACAGUUUUUGCCAAAUUUGCCAUUUUCGUCAAAAUCGCCAAUCUCAAAGGGGACCCUUGAUCAUUUUUAAUUUCACUUGUUCCAAAGGCUUUGGCGAAUUUUCGUCUUAUUCGCCAUUUUCGUCAAAAUCGCCUCUUUCCAACUUUUCUUAUCGCCGGCGUCUGGAUCAGCUUAUACAGCUGUAUAUCAGCUAAACUUAUACAGGUUUAUUGAAAACAGCUACAGUGUUCUCUGUCUUUUAUCUGCGAAGUCUUUCUCACAGAAAUUGACCCAUUGUCCCGGCAAAGUUUUACACUUGGUGUUAUUUUGAAACAAAACUUAAGUGCUUUGAAGCUUGCAAGAAUGGCCUAUUUCUUUCAUGUAGUUGUUAUAUGUCAGGAAUUCUUUUUUCUCAGUUUGACAGUUUUCAAACUCGUUGGAUAUUUUAUCCCUGAUCAUGGUUACAGCGUAGGAAAUUCGAAAUUAAACUGGGUCAAAAAUGUUCAGAUUAUCACGAGCUAAAAACAGGACGUUAAUGUUCAGAUAAAACAAGCGUCGGUUGAAUCAUUUUUUCCCCACAAUUAAUUUUAGCUUGGUAAAGAUGGUGUAUAAAACAGCUGAGGAGCAUGGACGAGAGCCACGUUGGACAGAAAUUGAACAAGCUAUUAGAAGGAAUUUCGGUGGACUGGAUGCUAUUGACCCAGUGGAAAUCUUCAUGAAACAUGUUCCUUUUAGCAGAAUGGAAAUGGUAGGCGUGUUGAAUAAUUUGUUUGUUUUAACUGAGUUGCCUCUGCUAUACGUCCACCGUAUAGACGGUCCACUCAAGUCCUUUGAAAGGUUUUCAGGUUAGGUUGGGCCGGCAUUCUGUGUGUAAACCGAUAUGAAUAGGCCACUUGCACUAAGAGGUCACGUGACCAAUGCUUCCUCUAACCAAUGAGUUGCAAUCUUGCUGAUGCCAAAAAUUGACGGAGGGCAAAACAAUUAUCUUACACCCAAAAUUGAAAAGAAACGAGUUUAAGCGAGAUAUUUUAUGGCACUUUGAGCUUUCAACAAAGUAAUAUGAUUUGUAUUGGCCGCCAUGUUGGAUAGUCUGCUACACAGCCGUUUUUAGUGUCGUCACGCAACGCUCGGGAGGAGCAUACUCUUGCCCUCUACCAUGGCGGCCAAAACUACUUUUUGCUUGUAUCUUGUUAAACGUUCGAUAGUUACGCUCAGAUGUUCUGAAAACGUUACCACAUCAUCUUUUCAACAAUUUCCUUGGAGUUUAAGGGCAAAAUUUCGGUUCAGAAAGAGGUAAUUCAUAGUUUUAAUAAUCACAUUUUGGUCACGUGACCAGCUACGAACUGACUCAUUUUAAGAAAAUGGUGCGGGUUUGAAAAACUAAAUCACUAUUAUUAUAUGGCUGAGUCUGUUUUCGCCAUGCGAUUGGUCAAUUUGCGGUCCGUAACUUGCUAUACGGACCAAAAUUUUUAAAGAAAAUGCUCAUUUCGGAGCUCUAAAUCUCUUUACCUCGGAAAAAAGGUUUAAAUAAGGUUAUAAGACGCCUGUCAUCCUUGAGGACUUGGAUGUUGACUGUGGCCUUCAACAUUUUAAACUGUGUUUAUUUGUGAACGAAGGCGAUGAAGAAACUAACUUGUAAUCUUAUCGAAAAGGAUUCUAGUCAGCGUUUGAAAAUUUUAUCGCAGUACACAGUUAAGAAGACGACAAUCUACUGGCAGAGAUUCGAGAUGUUUUACCUAAGAGAAAAUGAGUAAUUCCUUCGACAAAUAUCAUGGCAAACAUACCUGCACCCGAUCAUCUUGACAAGCUUCUUUGCCAUUUGCAGUGUUUUUUCAAAGACCAGCGAAAGAAAAAUAGAAGCGAGUUCGAGCCAGUCACAAUGUCCAGUUUUCAAAAGACUCCAGCGUCACACUAAUGAAAGAAUACUUACAGUGCUCUUAGUUUUGACCGAAUAAACUUUAAAAUACGUCUGUAAACCCUGAGGACUGGGAUGUUGACUUUGCCUUUCCAAAUUUUAACCUAGCUUUGUUUUAUUGAGAACGAAGCUGAUAUAGAAACUGAAUCUUAACCUUACCGAGGAAGAGAAUUUUAGUCAGUGUUUGAAAAUUUUAACGCAGAUCACAAUUGAAGCCUGACGAGAAUGAACUGGCAGAAAGAGAGGUUUUCCCAAAAACAAUAACAUGCAUGCACGUGCACGCGUAGUGUGCGGACGCAGGAUUUGAUUGCUCUGGCCAAGAUCGAAAUCAACGAAAAUUUUAGUCCAAAAUAUGCCCGAUACAAGUCAUUCGAAAGCCUCAGUUAGUUCUUUGGCGGCUGAAGUAAAUAUUCAAGGAGAGUUUGUAACACUGGCAACGCUUCGCGAGAUGUUACAGAUGCAGGAAAGAAUGUUCAAGAGCUUCUUUGACUCGAUCGUAACUAACGUGAACACUCGCCUCGACUCUUUAACUCAUUCAGCAGCCGAGUUAAAAGCAAGAAUUGCUAGUUCGGAAGAGGAAACGGGUGAUCUGAAAAACAGCCUUGAGUUUUCGCAAAAGGACAUCGAUGACUUGAAACCAUCAUUACUUAAAUUACAUGAACUGGACUCCGCCAUUGAAGAAAUUCAAGACGACUUGGACCAUCAAGAAGAACAAAUGGAGUAUUUAGAAAAUCAGAGUAGGCGAAAUAAUGUCAGAGUCGAUGGCAUUCCCGAAGAGGAUAACGAAACGUGGGAAGAAACUGAAGCUAAAGUAAAGCAAGUUUUGAAAGACGAAUUGAAUCUCGCCAGUGCUCCUGACAUUGAGAGAGCGCAUCGCGUGGGUAAAAGUUCUCGUAGGCCAGCUUCGGCCUAGAAUUCUGCAAGUCGUCCUCGAACCAUUGUUUGUCGCCUUCGUAACUAGAAAGAGAGGGAAACGAUCCUGAAAUGUGCCCGAAGAAUUAAACCCGACAAUAUAUUUGUGAAAGAGGACCUAUCUCCAGCAACCCUUGAGAAAAGAGAAAGGCAACGUGCAAAGAUGGAAGCAGCCAAGAGAGCAGGGAAGAUCGCUUAUUUUGUGUUAGAUAAACUGGUUAUUAGAGACAGACCUAAUGUCGAGAACAGCUAAGUUAUUUAUUUCUUACUGCUAUUUUUCCCCCUGUUUUUUCAUCUUUUUUUUUUUUUUUUUUUUUUUUUUUUUUUUUUAAUUUUCUUUUCCCCCACAUUGAAAAUGUCUGUCUUUCCGGAAUUUUCAUUUCCCUUUAACGACCUUGAUGACGCCGACUUCAACCUAACAAUUUAUGAAAUGCAAAAUGGUCCUGUUCGCUAUGAUGCUGAUAGAUUGGCUAGUUUAAGUUUCAAUCCUUUACUCCACAAUAUUAGAACAAAUCUAGCUCGUUCAUUUGACCUUGACCCUGACACCAACCUCAGGGAUUUAUUUAGCAAUGACUGCGAAUAGUUUAUUGAAGAUCAAUUUAAUGACAUGCUAUCUAGUGAAGAUUCGCGUAUUUGUGACAGCUUUUCUCUACUGCAUCUAAACAUUCGUAGCCUACAAUGUAAUGCUAGCAAAUUAACGGAUCUUUUAUCUAACGUAAAUUUAAAAUUCUCUUUGAUUGGUAUUUCCGAAACUUGGCUAAAUGAUUCGUCGCCGUCAGUUGACAUCGACGGUUACAGUUUUGUUCAUAAAAGUAGGGAAAUAGAUCCGGUGGUGGUGUUGGUCUGUAUGUUUCUAGCAAUUUGAAUUUUAAAUUUCGAUGCGAUCUUGAUUUUUCGUUGCCAAACGUCGCAGAAUCUUUGUUUAUUGAAAUUGUUAAGCCCCACAUUGUUACUGGUGUGAUUUACAGGCCGCCAAACCAAAACGUUGAUGAAUUUUUAACAAUGACCAAUGAGCUAUUAAGUAAGAUUUCAAAAGAAAAUAAGGUAUGUUAUUUAAUGGGUGACUUUAACUUAAAUCUAAUGAACCACCAAUGUCAUUCCGUUACUGGUGAAUUUUCAGAUGCGCUAUAUUCAAAUAUGUUCUUUCCAUUGAUUACAGUAUGUUGCCCAGUAUCCGGACGGUACCAGUAUCCGGACACUUAAAACAAAAACUCAAUUUUUGAGGCGCCCUUUUCAGUUAUCGGUAAACAAAGUAUUUCGAAUGAAAGCUGAACAUUUCGGCUUUAAGAUGAAAGUUUUGGCUAGUUGAAAGCUUGCGAAACAGUCACAAAAGACGCCGUUCUGUUCAGGUGAAUAAACAUUUCAUGGCUAAUAUUUACGCUGUUUACUGCGCAGUAAAAUUAGUGCUGCUCAGAAAAGGGUAGGUAAUAAAUAAUAUUUUCAAAGAAACGGUUUUAUAUUUAAACUGAAGAUACUAAAAGAAGUCAGGUUCUCAGAAAGUUUAUUAAUUCUUCUUGAAAUUCGAUUUGUUUGGAAUAACGGAGCCCAGAAACAUUCACUAAGUAUUGAUGUCAGGAGCCCAGUAUCCGGACAGUUUUUUCUUUGCUGUACAGAAUCGAUGAAUUAGCUGCGUACAUUAUCCGGAAAAGAUUUAUUUCAUAUCUAUAACUAUAAUUUAAGCUUAGGAUACAUGAUAUAGUCGUAAAAUGUAAUUCUACUCAACUCCGUACGGAAAUUUCCUUCACUCAUUCGGAGGCGACUUGAUUUCGUGUGCGCCGCUUGUUUCGCGUGACUGCAUUUUCUAUAUAUAACCGAAAGCGUCGGAGUUGAACCUGGAAUUCUCAUACUUUCCCCACUGUGACUGCUAGAAUGGGGUUGCAACGGUCUGAAAAUGUCUCAAAGGGAUUGAGAGAUGUGAAAGAAGGAGGAAUUAGUGCUAGAAAAGCAGGCUUAUUGUAGGGUCUGUAGGGGCUGAGCAUGAAGAAAUCAACACUGCAGGUCAGAACUAAAUAGGAAAGUGACCUUUGACCGUCGCAUUGAGGUCCCUUCCCCAAGCUUUUUUUAAAAAUAAAAAAUGAAGAAAAAAAGUCGUUUGCAGAUUGGCUAAUUGAGCUAGCAAACCGCGGCUUCGGCAUGUCCACGGAUGUCUUCCUUAAAUCAGUGAAAAAGUUCAUAGACAAGGAAGUAAGAAUUAUGCCAUUUAACAACCCGGCUCGCGUUCCCCACCAUACCCCAGUCAUUUGUUAUGUUUUAUUUCACGAUGCAAGGUUAUAUUUUUGAAAUCGAUUGCCAGACUACUUUGCAAGAGCAAGAGAAGCUUAUAAGUCGCUUGCCUGUCGAAAUUUAUGUACAAUUACGUUGUUAUUGUUGUGUCCGGAUACUGGGCCAGCUGUCCGGAUACUGGGCAACAUAGGAGCUCUGCAAAAAUAUUAAUUUCGCCUUGAAAACAUAGGCAAAAAAGUUAAACUGUCUUUCGUCAUAUUAAGGACUAAAUAGAUUUUCUCUGGGCCAAAUUUCAGGGCUCUUGCGACUAACAAAGGAAAGUUAUUGCAAUGUUAAACUGAAGUGUCCGGAUAUUGGGCAACAUACUGUACGCGCCCUACAAGAAUAACUUGUCAUUCGGCAACUUUAAUUGACAACAUUUUCGUCAACCAAUUUUUCGAUAGAUCCAGGAGUGGACUGUUUUUCACUGACAUUUCUGACCAUCUGCCUAUAUUUUCUAUUCAUUUCGACACCUCAAUCUCAGCAUCUAAUGAAACUGUUUUUGUUCGAGAUGUAAAUCAAG